AUGUCAUUAGUAAUAAAGAGGAAAACUUUCACCAUUAACAAGAUUUUGUCUUCUAUACAGCUUGCCCAGUUUAGGCAGCGGAAGGCGCAAACUGAUGGUCAGAAUGGAUCAAAGAAGCUGAAAAAGAAGAAGAAAACAGCAAACAUCAAAGAUGAAGAAUCAAUACAAGAUGGGAUUGAAACUGAUCAAUCUCGAGGUGAUGAAAUAUCCACAUGCAGCAGUCGAAGGGGAGCAGCUGCCACUGCUGACUUUGCUAUUAUCAGGACUUUGCAUAGUGGAGAAAUUAUCAAACACACCCAGGCUUACACCAUUGAGCCGGAAAGUGAAAUUUCCACCACAGUAGAAGAUUACAGUUCUGAGGUAAAUGGUUGCAGUUUUGUGACAAGAACAGCUAUACCUGCAGACUUAAUCAGGGAAGAAGAAUUUGGAGUUGGAGACAUUCAUUCAGAGCAUGGAAUGCAGCACUCACAGGCACAGCUAGAGGUGAUGGAGAAUCAACUGGCUGGGAAACAACAAGAGAUUGAAGAACUAAACAGAGAGAUAGAAGAAAUGAGGGCAGCCUAUGGUACAGAAGGAUUGCAACAGCUGCAAGAAUUUGAAGCUGCUAUCAAAAAAAGAGAUGACAUUAUCACUCAACUCACUACUAACCUACAGCAGGCACGGAAAGAAAAGGAUGAAACCAUGAGGGAGUUCUUGGAGCUUACUGAGCAAAGUCAAAAACUGCAAAUUCAGUUUCAGCAUUUGCAGGCAAGUGAAGCCCUAAGGAACAGCAGCCAUAGUUGCACAGCUGCUGAUUUAUUGCAAGCCAAGCAACAGAUACUUUCACAUCAGCAGCAGCUAGAAGAACAAGAGUGUCUGCUUAAGAAUUAUCAAAAAAAGAAUGAAGAAUUUGAAGUGCAGAUUGCACAUCUUCAAGAGAAAAUCAGGACAUAUGAACUGGAAAAACAGAAAAAAGAGGGAGAAGAUUUGAGUAAAUUACAAGAAAAAGAAGCACUAGUUGAAGAGCUGGAAGCAAAACUUGGAGAAGAAGAAAAAAGUUCGCUUCAGCUGAAGGAAAAACUAUCAGAUGUCAGCAAGUUACUUGAAGAAUUGAAAGAAGAGAUUUCACUAAGGAACCAGCAGAUAAGUAAUAUGAAAGCUGAACUUACCACCUACAAACAGAAAGAAAGACAAUGUUCUGAUGAAAUAAAACAAUUAAUGGGAACUGUGGAAGAACUGCAGAAACGAUGUUAUAAAGACAGCCAGUCUGAAGCUGACAUUGUGCAAAGAAUGGAAUUAGAAACACAAAGGAGACUGGCACAACUUCAGGCUGAAUUAGAUGAAAUGCACGGCCAGCAGAUUGUACAAAUGAAACAAGAAUUAAUUAAGCAGCAUGCAGUGGAAAUAGAACGGUGUCUUUUGCAACAAAAAGUAGAAUUGGAGCAAACUUCAAGUCUGUGUUUUAAUGAAAAUGUUAAUAAAGAUCAAAUGCAUUUAAUGAAUAUUAAAAUUAAUGAAUUAAAUAUGAAAUUGCAGGAUGCUGAUAAGGAAAGGGAAAAAAUAAAGCAAGAAUUGUCACAACAGAUGGAAGUUAUUGCAGCAGAGAAGUCUCUUCAACAAACUAGAAUUGAAGAUCUUCUUCAAGAACUGAAUUUUUCAAGAGAGCAGGUUCAAAGAGCCAAGCAAACUGUAGUGGAUAUGGAAUGUAGAUUAAAUGAAGCUGAAAAAUACCAGUCUGUGAUUGAAGAUUUAAAAACUCAACUGGCUUCUGCCUCUGAAUUUAGGAAGGAUUUGGAAUUAAAACAUGAGGCAGAAAUCACAAAUUACAAAAUAAAACUUGAAAUGCUAGAAAGGGAGAAGGAUGCAGUUUUGGACAGGAUGGCAGAAUCUCAAGAAGCAGAAUUAGAGAGACUGAGGACAAAUCUUCUGUUUAGUCAUGAAGAAGAACUUUCCAGGCUUAAAGAAGACUUAGAGAAAGAGCACAUGGUGAAUAUGGAAAGCCUUAAACACAACUUGAAUAUGCAGCAUAAACAGCAAUUAGAUGAAGUACAGAAUGAAAUGAGUCAAAAGAUAGAAGCCAUGCAAUAUGAAAAGGACAACUUAAUCACAAAGCAAAAUCAGUUGAUUUUAGAGAUUACAAACCUGAAAGAUUUACAGCAGUCUAUUGUAAAUUCUAAAUCUGAAGAAAUGACACUACAAAUCCAUGAACUGGAGAAAGAGAUUGAAGUACUUAGGCAAGAGGAAAAAGAGAAAGGUACCCUUGAACAAGAAAUACAAGAGCUGCAGCUUAAAACUGAGUUGAUGCAGGAACAAAUGAAGGAGAGGGAACAUACCCUUAAAAAAAAAUGUUCAGAACUAGAAACACAAAAUAAUGUUCUUAGGGGGGAAAAUAAAGCUCUGGAAGAGAAAUUAAAAAAUAUGUUGGUAUGCUCUGAAGAAAACAUACUUCAUAACAGUAGUGUUAGCUCUAAGACAGAAAUUUUGGACUUGCAGAAAAGAAUAGAAAAGCUGAUUACUGAAAAUGAGCAACUUAAAAACCAAAACAUUAUCCUCCAAGAGGAUAUUGAAAGGCAGAAGAGUGCCUUUUCAUUGACUGAGAAAAAACUUGAAGCUAGUUAUAAAGAACUGCAGAAAGAAUGUGGAAGUCUUCUGAAGGAAAAAACUGAGUUAGAAGAGAACAAGAAAAAGCAAGAAGCUGAAUAUAAAAGCAAGCUCAAAGCUUUGAAUGAAAAAAUCUGCCACUUACAAAGCAAUAGACCAGUUUCAUUUAAAACUAAACCCUCUGGUUUUGGAGAGGGUAAAGAAAUAAAGGUGUCCAGGGAAGAUAUAUUUGAGGCUGGAGAGGUUGUUGAGAAAGAUGCAACAGAACUUAUGGAAAAGCUUCAGGUUACUCAGCGUGAGAAAGUGGAAUUAUCCCUGAGACUUUCUGAUCUCUCUGAACAGUUAAAGUCAAAGGAUACUGAAAUCUGUCAUUUAAAUGAAAAAGUCAAAUCCUUAAAAGAUGAGAAAGAGCAAAUUCUAGUAAAAUGUAAAGAACUAGAAGUCGCAAUUAGUCAUGUUCAGAGAACAAAUAGUAGUAGUAAUGACUCUAGGAAAAAGUGCUCUAAAGGAAAAUCUCUGAAGACUGCAACUCCAGCCUCUGAAAGUAGGAAUAAAUCCCCUGGUUCAAGGAGUAAAGCUGACGAAAGAAUAGAUUCAAGAGGUAAUCUAAGUUCUGGUAAAGACUGCAGCCAUGAGGUAACAAAAAGGAAGGAGGUCCAGCAAAUGCUGAAACCAGAACACCAGUCUGUUGAGGAACAUUUGCAUGGGAUGCCAGACAGGCUGACAGAAGAAACAGCAUUAGCAUUCACUCCACAGAGUGAAAGUAACCUUCAGCAGCAAGUGGAUGCCUUAAAAUCAGAACAGACUGAUUUACAGCUACAAAUGGAAGCACAGCGGAUUUGCCUAUCCCUGGUUUAUUCAGCUCAUGUAGACCAGGUUUGUGAGUCCUUGAAGGCAGAAAAAGAGAGUGCACUUUGCAGUCUUAAAGAGGAGCUUGUUCAUAAUCAUAUACAAGAGAUGACUGAUCUUAAAAGAAUGCAUCAGCUGGAGCUCCAGACCCUGAAAUCUCAACAAGCAGAUGAUGAAUGGAAAUCUACACAAAGACUUAUAGAAAAACUGAAUGAAGCUGUCACUGAGGAAUGUUCCAGGCUGGCUCAGGUUUUAUGUGGCAGUCAGAAUGAACAUUCUUCAGCUGCUAUAGAAGCUGGUGAUAGGGAACAGGAAAUUUUCUGUAAACGUGCUGUGAAAGAAAAACUGAGUGUAGAAUUACCAGUACACAGAGGUCAAGCUCAAGUCCCUGGUUCUUUGUGUAAUUUAACUGUACAAGAACGUAUGGAUGCACUUCUGCGCAAGAUAAUGGAAGAGUACAGCAGGCUGAAAGUGCUUCAAACCCAGCUGAUGGCAGAGUAUAAACAGGUCAAGGAGCCAAAAGUAUCUUCUUCAGAAAGGAGGAAAGAAGAAGAACCUAUGCAUAUGGAAAUAGGAAAGGAAAGUCUGCAGACUCCUUCACAGAAUCUAAUGGAUCCUGCAAUUCAGGAAUACUGUUCAAAGGAGAUAGAGAACCUUAAAAAACAGCUUGAGGAGCAGCACACUCAAGAGCUGGACCACCUCCGGUCUUAUUUCCAACAGCAGCUGGAAGAAAGUCAGGAGAGGUACACAAUAGAGCUUGUGCAUCUGCAGGAUAAGCUCAGAAAAGAAAGUCAGGAGAGGUACACUACAGAGCUUGUGCAUCUGCAGGAUAAGCUUCAGAUUGCUGGGGUACCCUCUGACCACACGAGUGUAUCCAUAGAUUCAGAAAGAAAGUUAAAAGAAGUCUUCAGGAAAGUAACGAGCACAGAAAAUCUUCAGAAAAAAACAGAUAAAGCAUUAGAGUUGGCUAGGGAGACGGAAAUGCAGAAUGAUGUGGAUGUUGUUCAAUUACUCCAAAAGCAGUACCAAGAAAGAUUAGAAGAAGAAGUAGCAAAGGUUAUCGUGUCAAUGAGUGUAGCAUUUGCGAAACAGACUGAAUUGUCAGGAAUUGCUAGGCAGAAGCAAGAGGAAGUCGCAGCACAGACUGUACAUCCAGAGGGAAUACCUUUUGGAAUUAAGAAACAGCACAGUGAGGAAGAGGUUGACAGCCUUCCCAGAAAAGCAACUGAAAAAGGCAGCAAAAAUGAAGAAGGACUGAAAUCACUUUGCACGGAACUCAGUGAAGAGUCUGGAGAGAUCAACUCACUUGGAGAGCAGCUUCAUUCUAAUAGCAGCCCUGAUUGCAUGUUAGGACAGACAACACAGAAGGCAGUGAUUUCUGAAGAACUUCUUUCCCGUAGCAAAGGUCUUACAGCAGAAGAAAUACCACACUCAGGUGAGGUGGUGGCUGCAGGCACAGACACAGAAACGUGCAGUCAGCUGCUGCUGUACGAGGAGCGCUUGGAGGACAUGCGGCAGGAGCUCGUGCGGCAGUACCAGGAGCACCAGCUGGCAACUGAGCUCAUGAGACAGGGGCACAUGCAGCAGAUGGAGCGUCAGAAGGAAAAUCAAGAUCAACUCUUAGCAGAGCUGGAGAGUCUUAAAGUGCAAUUAGCUGAGCGUGUCUCAAUGGAGAAUGACAGCCUGGUUGCAGAGAGAGAGAGAAUGCUUUUAGAAGAACUGGAAUCAUUAAAACAACAUUCCGUACCCGGAAAAGAGAGGCUGCUUUGUGAGUUACAAAACAACAGCACACAGACAGAGAAUGAAAAUGAAAACCAAAAUGAUGCAAGAGAGCAGAUCUUUGAGCAUGAAGAUGGGGAAAGAAAGCCUGAUGAAACACCUUCAGCUCUUCUUUCUAAAGAAAGGCAUGUUUUUCAGAAGGCUAAUGAAAAACUCAUGAAGAUUCUUUUAGAAGUUGUGAAGACAACUGUAGCAAUGGAGGAGACAAUUGGUCAGCAUGUCCUUGGGUUGCUGGAUCGGUCUGGGAAAGUCCAGACUUCCAAACAAGCUGGAUGGGACCCUGAGACAGAGGAGUCAGUAAAACCCUGCAUCCGUGUGGGGUAUGAAAAAGAGUCCUGUUCCUUAUAUCAUGGUCGUAGUAUGGGAGAUGAUGAUAUUAACAUGUGGUCAGGAGCAGCAGGUGAAGGACUGCUGAGCCAACAUCUUGCAGAAAGUGGGAUGGAAAUAGAUCCUGAAAAUGAAGAGCUCAUUCUGAAUAUUAGUGCUCGACUGCAGGCGGCUGUUGAAAAGCUUCUGGAAGCUAUCAAUGAAACUUCAAAUCAGCUUGAACAUGCAAAAAUUACUCAGACAGAACUCAUGCGAGAGUCCUUCAAGAAGCAGCAAGAGGCCACAGAAUUUAUCAGGUAUCAGGAAGAGCUACAAGAACGUCUCAAUGAAGAAACCAAGGCCAGAGAGCAGUUGGCUUUGGAGCUUAGUAAAGCUGAAGGCCUCAUUGAUGGUUAUGCAGAUGAGAAAGCAUUUCUGGAAAAACAACUCCAGGAAAAAAUAGAUGUAAUUGACCAUCUAGAGCAAGAGCUGCUGUGUACAGGUAACAAAUUGCAGGAGUUAGAGGCUGAACAGCAGCAGGUCCAGGAAGAAAAGGAAUUACUCUCCAGACAGAAGGACGCCAUGAGAGCAGAGGCGGGGCCAGUAGAGCAGCGCCUAGUAGAUGCUGCAAUCGAUGCAGCUUCCCAAGCAGAAUUACUGGAGGAAACAGAAAAGCUAAUGAAGGAAAAAAUUGAAGUACAACGUCAAGCUGAAAAAGAGUAUGAUGACCUUCAGAAGCAAGUUAAAGUCUUAGAAAUAGACUUGGAAGAACAGGUCAAUCGUUUCAUAGAGCUGGAACAAGAGAAAAAUGCAGAACUAAUGGACUUAAGGCAGCAAAACCAGGCCUUGGAGAAGCAACUGGAGAAAACAAGAAAAUUUCUAGAUGAGCAAGCAAUUGACCGAGAGCAUGAGAGAGAUGUAUUCCAGCAAGAGAUACAGAAGCUGGAACAACAACUUAAGGUUCCACAGAGGAGUCAGCCUGUCAAUGAACAUCAAACCAGAGAGGUUGAACAGUUAACAAAUCAUCUAAAAGAGAAAACAGACAAAUGCAGUGAGCUUUUGCUCUCUAAGGAGCAGCUUCAGAGAGACAUACAAGAACGAAAUGAAGAAAUUGAGAAGCUGGAAUGCAGGAUAAGAGAACUGGAACAAGCCUUAAUCAUCAGUGCAGACCACUUGCAAAAGGUGGAAGAAAAGAAACAGUUUGGCACCAUCAUAGUAAAGGGAGAGUUACCUCUUGAAGUACAACUGCAAGCUGAACGAGAAGCUGUGGACAGAAAGGAAAAGGAGGUCACGAACCUUGAAGAGCAAUUGGAGCAAUUUCGAGAGGAGCUAGAAAAUAAAAAUGAAGAAGUUCAGCAAUUGCACAUGCAGCUAGAAAUUCAGCGAAAGGAGUCCACUACACACUUGCAGGAACUUGAACAAGAGAACAAAUUAUUUAAGGAUGAAAUGGAAAUACUAGGACUAGCUCUCCAGAAAUCUGAAGAUGCUGCCAUAAAGGACCAUCAUUUAGUGGCUGGGAGGCUCGCUCACAUCAUGCAAGAAAAGGAUCAGGAAAUAUAUCAUCUUCAUGAACAAAUAGCAAAACUGCAACAGCAGCUUGAAGUCACAACUGACAACAAGGUUAUUGAAGAGCAAAAUGAGCAUAUACAGGAGCUUGAAGCCCAGAUAGAAUGUCUGAAAAGUGAUCAAGAACGUGUGAAGAAAAAAAAUGAUGAGGAAGUAGAGCAGUUGAAUGAUGUAAUUGAUAAGCUUCAGCAAGAGCUGGCAAUUAUUGAACAAAAGAUACCAACAGACGCUGCUGGUUUUCAAGAAGAUGCUGACAGUCCAAAACACAUACUUGAAGCAGUUCUGGCAGAAAAGGAAGCUUUGGAAAAGCAAGUAGAAAACAUAAAUGCAGAGGCAUCUCAAACAAAGAAUGAGCUUGAGGAAACAAAGUUAAAAAUGAGCCAGUUAAAGCAAGAAAUAAGUAUGUUAAAAAAAGAGCAUGAAAGAAAAACAGAGAAAUAUGAGUGUGCACUGGUCCAAGGUAGUAAGUCAGAACCAGAAGACAGGAGCAGUGGAAAAACUGAAGAAAUGGAAGGAGGCUUAUGUCAGGAGAUAGACUUGCCAGAUCACUCCCAGCUUAGGACUUCAGAUGAGAGUGCAAGAGUCACCAUUAGCAAGAUGGAGAUACAACUGCAUGAACUUCAGGCAUGCAUUAAGCAAAAAGAUUCAGAACUGUGCCAGUGCUACAAUGAAAUAAAAGACAUGAAAGAGCAAAGCAAAGCUGAAGAAGAAACACUUAAAAACAGGAUAUUAGAACUGGAAAAGACACUAAUGGAGAAAGUUGCUGCUGCUCUUGUGAGUCAGGUUCAGCUAAAUGCUGUUCAAGAGCAGAGAAAAUUCAUGCAGGAAAUUCAGGAAGCUUCAAAGUGUGUGGAUGAAGCAAGCAAGAAUGCCCAAACAGAAGGUUUGAGUGAUAGAACUGAAAAUGAGACAGAAUCAAAAUUAUCACUCUUAACACAGAGGCUUAGUGAGAUGGAAAACCAACUGGCAAUGGUAAAUCGUAGCUUGGAACUAGAAAAAGAAAAUGUAAAAGUUGCACAAAAGGAAGCUACAGUGAAAGAAGAGAGGUUCUUAGAGCUUCAGCAAUUGUUAGAAGAGGUUAAAGAAAAACAUAAAGGAGAGAUUCAGAAAUAUAUUAAGCAAGAAGAAAUGCAGACAUACCAGGUAGAAGCACAGCUCAUGGAAAGUCAAAAAGAAAAAGUUCUUAUUACUGAACUUGAACAAGUGAAAGAAGAGGCAGCUGCUGCUAAGGAAGAGCUGAGCAGUUACAGAGAAAAGGCAGAAAAACUUCAGCAAGAACUAGCAGUAAAAGAGGCAAGUCUGAUACAUCUUCAGGAAGACCUGUGCAAAGUCAAAGAGAACCUGGUUCAAGCAGAAGAGAAGCUUGCAAGUUACCUGAGUAAGGACAAAGAAAUGGUGAAAACUGAAAGCAAGAAGGAUGUAGAAAUAUCAUGUGAUUUGUCAGGCAGUGAGUCUGCUCUAACUGGAAACAGCUCCUCAUCACAAACAGACAAGACUGUGGAAAUCUCACCGGUCCUUGUUAAAAACAUAGAAAUCCAAACUGAUUUGCAAAAUGGAGGGCCUUCAGAUGAGAUUGCAGAGAUUGUAAGAGAAUUUACUGAAAAAAUCGACCAAAUGCAGGAACUCCACGCUGCUGAAAUCAUGGACAUGGAGACAAGGCAUAUCUCUGAAUCUGAAGCAUUAAAGAGAGAGAAAUUUGUGGCAGUACAAGUACUGACUGAAGAAUGUAAUACUUUAAAGGAAGUCAUAGAAACACUACAAGCCAAAGAAAGAAUGCCAGGUUCUGGAUUAGCACCUUCUCCAGCACAUCAAGCUAGAGAUGGAGGUUCUAGUGACUCCAGUUCAGACUGGAGUCAAGGAAUGUAUCUUGCUCAGACCCAGGGAUCUGACACGAUAUCUGAAGGACUAGAUGAAGGUGAAACAUCAACAGAUUUACUUCCAAAAAAAAUUAAGGGUUUGCUGAGAGCAGUCCACCAUGAGGGCAUACAGGUGCUGUCUCUCACUGAGUUUCCAUAUAGUGAAAAAGAUCUGUCACCUCAUAAGCAAGAGCCAGAAUCUUGGCUAGAAGAAAGAAAAGCUUUCCUAAGCACCAUCUCAUCUUUGAAAGACCUAAUUGCAAAAAUGCAAGUUCAUAGGGAAGCUGAGAUCUAUGCAAGUACUGAAUUUCCUGAAGGUGUCUCAGACUGGCGAGGAGAACUUCUGCAUGCCAUUCAACAGCUUUUUGUGAGGGAACAAAAUGUUCUCCUUGCUGCAUUUCAAACUGAACUUGCAGAAAUGGGCACAAGAGAUGCAGUGAUGUUGAUGAAUCAGUUAGAGCACAGACUACAAGAGCAGGCUACUAAACAGAGAGCAGCAAUGGACUGUCUUCAGAAUGCAGACAGAAGAAGUUUGCUGAUGGAGAUUCAAGUAUUACAUGCUCAGAUGAACAGUAAGAAAAGUAACCCAAAGAGAGAACAAGAGAUUGAUUCAAAAAGCCAAGAAAUGCUGGAGUAUAAUAUGCAGCAGAAGCAGUUGCAAAUUCUGGAGAUGCAAGUGGAGCUCCGGAGUAUGAAGGACCGAGCAGCAGAGCUUCAGGAGCAGCUGAAUUCAGAGAGGAUGAUGGGUGCAGAGCUGAAGAAUGAACUUGCACAAGCCAAAUUAGAGCUUGAAGCAACCCUUAAAGCACAGCACAAGCACUUCAAGGACCUAGAAACCAUCAGGACUGAAGUCAAAGAAAAGGCAGCUGAGCUGGAUAUUCUUAAAGAUACAAUGGCCCAUGAACAGAAAAAAUCAAGAGAGCUACAGUGGGCUUUGGAAAAAGAAAAAGCUAAAAUAGAACGCAAUGAGGAAAGAGGAAGAGAAGAGCUUGAGGACUUAAAAUUUUCUCUUGAAGAUCAAAAACAAAAGAACUUAGAGUUAAGUCAACUUCUAGAGCAAGAGAAGCAGCUGUCAAGUGAUCUGCAACAGAAAAUUGAAUCCCAAGAAGCACUCAGUGCUGCCCAGCUGUCACGUGAGCGAGGCCGUAAUUCUGAGUUGCAGGUGCUUCUUGAAUCAGAGAAGGUUCGAGCUCUCGAAAUAAGCAGUGCCCUGGAAAGGGAAAAAGAGCUGUGUGCUCAGCUUCAAAGUGCUGAAGAUAAGGGACAAGCUGGAACACCUAAUCCAUCUGAGGAAUUGCUUAAAGAGCUACAGAGGCAAAUGGAUGAAAAGCAUGACCGUAUAGUGGAGUUAGUAAGUGAGAUGGAGAAGUAUAAACUGGAAUCUGUGCAAGUGAGACAGCAAAUGGAAAAAGAAAGGCAGAUCCAGAGGCAAGCAUUACAAGCAGAACAAGAUGCUAACAUAGUAGUACAGAAGAAACUCCAUGAACUGGAGUCCAAAGUAGAAGACCUUCAGUGGCAACUUGGAGAAAAGAAGCAAGAAGUUCAUAAAUUAGGGAAUGAAACAAAGAAGUUGCAGGAAAUAAUCCAAGAUCUACAGAAAAAAGAGCAAGAGGAUCAAAGAAGAGAGGAAGCUGAAAGGACACCAAGCCACAACCCAAAUGAGACUGCCUGGGAUACACCCAAUGACAGAACAAGAAAUUGGGUUCUUCAGCAAAAAAUGGAAGGAGCUGAGACAAAUGAGUUGACUUACCGCACACUUACAGGAGAUCUCUCUGCUGCUACUGAAAUUCUGGGAAAAGUCAGACAAAAGCUGCAAAAUGCAUCUCCAAAGCUGAAGCAGUUGGCUUGGAAAGCUGCUAGCAGAUUGCAGUUUGAAACAGCAGAUGAUCAAGACUUCAUUGCAGUACAAAAUGCUAUUGAAGAAGUUAUUUCAGAACUGAAAAUACUGCCUGGAUUGUCCAGUCUGGAAGAGCUGGUGCUGCCGCCAGGGACUCCGUCCAGCUCACUGACUGAGAGGCUGCUGAGGCAAAAUGCUGAGCUGACAGGCUUUGUCAGCAGACUGAGUGAAGAGAAGAAUAAUUUGAGGAAUGCUGUUAUGAAACUGGAGGAAGAACUGAGAAGAUACCAGCACAGACAACCUCCUUCUGCAGACUAUUCUUCUAGGCACUCGUCAGAUGUUGGAGUGAAUAUCGAUACUCUUAUUGCUUCUGAGAAGGAAAUUUGGAACAGAGAAAGGCUGUCGCUGCAGAAAUCUUUGAAACAAGCCGAUGCAGAACUCUCCAAGCUGAGAGCUGAGCUCAGGAGUGAGGCUUUCCUCAGAGAAAUGGGAUCAGAUACUGAAAAUGCUGUUUUGAGGAGAAUUUAUGGCAAAUACCUACGAGCAGAGAGCUUUCGGAAAGCUCUCAUAUAUCAGAAAAAAUAUUUGCUGCUGCUACUAGGAGGUUUCCAGGAGUGUGAAGAAGCCACACUGGCGCUCAUAGCACGGAUGGGAGGACAGCCUUCCUACACAGACCUUGAAAUCAUCACACAUCAUUCAAAGGGUUUUACACGAUUUCGCUCUGCAGUCAGAGUGUCCAUUGCAAUUUCAAGAAUGAAGUUCCUGGUUCGUCGAUGGCAGAGAGUUACAGGUUCUGGUAUUCUGACUAUCAAUAGGGAUGUCUUUAGCCAGAACACAGGUAAUGAAUUACGGCCUGAUUCAUUCUCUGGUGGCGUGGAUCUUUAUGGAGAGCAGAGGCAUUCCUAUAGAUCCAGGUCAGGCAUGGAAUCUCCUAGAUCUCCUAUAAACUUUCAGCAUAAGCUCCACGGGAUGCAUGCUGAUUUAAACCCAGUGUCCUUCACCUGUCCUCAGCUGCAGAACUACGACCCCGAGAGGGCUCUGACCGAUUACAUCAAUCGUCUGGAGGCGCUGCAGAAGCGGCUGGGCAGCGUGCAGUCAGGUUCGACUUCAUACACUCAGUUGCACAUGGGUGUAAGAAGAUAAUAGUACCCUUCAACAUCUCCAUCACUGGCAGUGAUGCUAACAGAUUGCCUUCUGUAAAUCUGUGCUCUUUCUGUGCUUUUGUAUAAUGUGUAUAUUGUGGGACCAAUAUGAACACAGCUAUACGAUUGUAUACAGUUCCAUCCUGGCACACCCACAGAGACUGGGAUUUAUGGAUGUAGGCACUUUGUGUUUAUGAAAAAAAAAAUCUGAACAAAAAAAAUCCCCAAACAAUCCCCUCCCGAACCCAAAAUUCCCCCCCCACACCGUUAAAUUACAUGUAUAUUUGUGGAAUGCUAAUUUAAAUGAUUAACUUAUGAAGUGUGUAUUUAUCAAAAGGGUGCGAAGAUGAAACUUGUGUAUUAAUUAAAUUGAGCUACAUUCAGCAAAGUUUACUUGCACUUUUUCUGGCAAGGCUACUGAAGUUACAUUGACUCUCCUAAUCUUUGCUACUGGCAGUGCAGACAGAAUAUCACUUGUAGAGACCUAUUUUUGUAAUGGUAGAAGUUUUGAAUUUUAUGGGUAUUUUGUCAAAGUACUGAAAUAAACAUGACUUCAUGCUUCUAACUGUGUUCAAGAACUGCUCCCUUAUUCACAUGGAACAGGUUGCUCCUGCCUGAGCUCCUCCUGCUUUUAGUGACUGCAGCUUGACUUUUUACAGGUUCCUAAGCGCUGCUAUCAGAGAGAGGGACAGGGUCAACAAGCCUGACUUCUGCAGACCCUGGUCAGGUCUGACAGGGUUGGGAGGGAA